UUUUUUUUAAUGCAACACCUGUAUAAUCUAUAUAACUGAAUAUAAAAAAAUUAAAGCAAAACGACUGAAAAGUUUGAUAAUUCUAAUAGCAGUCAAAGUGCAUUUUUGUAUCUUGCUUAAAAAAUUUAUAAUGCGGAAAGGCAUACUGUUUCUUCAUUUAAAUUACAAAUAUAGGAGUUAAUUAUCUUAAAUAAGUCUAUUCAGAAUCUAAAGAAGUGGGAAGAAGGAAACAAUAUUUAAAGCUGCUAUACAUAAAACAAGGCUAGUAGCCAACGUGUAGUCGUGGAAAAUGUUUGAUGUAUUUUUUAAUAAUUGUCAAUAAAGUUCAUGAAAUAUGUGUAUUUAUGACACGUAAUAUCUGAUAUACACAUUAGUUUUGUCAUGUUCCAUAAAUUAUAAAAAGUGCGCGAUUGACAAAAGAAUUUAAAAUGUCUCAAUGUAAUAUAUUAAAAUAAGAUAUUGUCUUUUAUUAUAUAUCUUCGUGAUUAAUUAAAUUGGUGGAAUAACUGAGAAAAAUAUCUCGUAAAUAAAUUACAUAAAUUAUAAUUGGCGAUUUUUUUAAAGAAGAAAUUGUUUCAUUUACGAUUUUGAUUAGCGUUUGGUAGUUGAUUGAACACUCAUCACCAUUUCGCAAAAUGGUACAGCAAAAGGCGGUGAUCAUAAGGAAUGCCACAAAGCGUUAUGGGAAAGAGCAAUUGGUGCUCAACGGUCUAAAUAUGACCAUUUCAAAAGGUUACAUAUACGGACUGUUGGGAGCCAGCGGAUGCGGCAAAACCACCUUGUUAUCCUGCAUCGUCGGGAUUCGGAAUUUCGACAGCGGAGAGUUAUGGGUCUUGGGAGGUACUCCGGGUAGCAAAGGUUCCGGAAUUCCUGGACCUCGAGUAGGUUACAUGCCGCAAGAUACCUCCUUGGCAGGAGAGUUUACCGUGAGAGAUGCCUUCUAUUAUUUCGGCAGGAUCAACGGACUCGAUGAUGAAGAGAUCGAUGCAAAAGAAACCUUCUUUUCGGAUUUUUUCCAAUUACCCCCGUCGGAUCACCUGGUGAAGAACAUGAGUGGAGGUCAGCAAAGAAGAGUUUCCUUUGCUGUCACAUUGAUUCACAGGCCCGAGCUUCUAAUUUUGGAUGAACCUACUGUGGGAUUGGAUCCAAUUUUAAGGGAACAAAUUUGGACUUACCUGAAGAAAAUAACGCAAGAGGAAGGUGUGACUGUAUUGAUGACGACGCAUUAUAUCGAAGAGACUAAAGAUGCUAAUAAAAUCAGUUUAAUGAGAUGUGGUAAAUUGUUGGCGGAAUCGACAAAAGAUAAAUUGCUGGAGCAGUUUCAAUGUUCGUUCUUAGAAGAAGCUUUCUUGAAAUUGUGCGAAACACAGGAUAAUGCAGUCAUUUUGAAUGAAAGCUCUCGGGAAUCUAACGAAGAUACUAGCAGCGACGUUUUGCAUGAAGAUAAAUACAGGCGUACAAAAGAAAUCUCGGAGUGCAAGGCGAUUUCGGGACAUCAAGUUUCGCGAUUGAAAAGGUUUAAAGCUUUACUCGUAAAGAACGGUAUCCAAUUUUUGCGUUAUUACAUAGGCUUAUGUUACGCGGUGAUCUUACCGAUAAUUGCAAUCAGCGCGUUUUUUGUAUCAAUAGGAGGUGAUCCAAAAGGCAUCAAGAUUGGGAUUAUAAACGAAGAAGCUGGCAACUGCAAUUUCGGCAACAAUUUUGGCAAUGUUUGGAAUGACGAAAGCACCUGCCACUUUCGCAACCUCAGCUGUAGAUUUCUACACAAUUUUGGCGACUCCAUUGCAAAACAGGAAUAUUAUGAAGACUUUUUCGAGGCAAAGCGUGAUGUACAGAAUGGAAAACUCUGCGGUAUAAUGUAUUUUAGUCAAAAUUUUUCUGAAGGUUUUCAAACUCGAUUGGAACAUGCGAUCUAUACGGAUGAUUCUGACCUUUACGCCAGUCAAAUUCAAGUUUUUCUCGAUAUGGGUGAUAUGCAAAUUGGGCUUGUUGUGCAGAAAAAGCUAUACGAUAGUUUCAUAGAGACUUCCAAGGGUAUUAUGCAAGACUGCAAAUAUUUGACAAAAUUGACCGAUCCACCCAUUAGAUUUGAAGAUCCCAUUUAUGGUACGAAUAAUCUUACUUAUCGAGAUUGCAUAUUGCCAUCAUUCAUGUUACUAAUCGCCUUCUUUAUGGCCGUCUCAGUUUCUUCCAACUUGAUAAUCACAGAUCGAUUGGAAGGUGUCUGGGAUCGAAGCUUGGUUCAAGGUGUCAGGAUGGAAGAAAUUAUACUAUCUCACAUUCUUAGUCAGCUUGUCAUCGUAGUUAUCCAAACCACUGUGCUGAUGCUCAUAAGCUUUGUUGUAUGGGGUAUGGAUUAUAAAGGAUCGAUAUUCGUCAUAUGCUUCUUUCUAUUUCUCAAUGGCUUGUGCGGAUUGAUGUUCGGUUUCGCCAUCUCCGUUGUGUGCAACAAUCACACUUUGGCAAAUUACAUUUCGACUGGAAGCUUUUUUCCUACAUUAGUUCUUAACGGAACUGUAUGGCCGAUAGAAGGAAUGCCAAAAUUACUUCGCUGGUUUAGCUACGCUAUACCAAGUACCUUGCCCUCCAUAUCCAUGAGAGCACUCAUUUACAAAGGUUCUUCUAUAUUUGAGUGGCAAGUUUUGAUUGGUUUCUUUAUAACUUUAGGAUGGACAUUUUUCUUCCUUGUGAUUGUAUUAUGUGUAAAACGGAAAACCUCGUAAUAUUAUUUAGAAAGUGCAAAUUCUUUUGAAUGAAUGCAAAAACAGUUUUGCAUAAUCUAACGAGUUCAUUUAAACAAAUAUACAGGGUGUUUCAACUAACUAAAAUGUAUUAUUAUAUAUUUUAGCUUAUGUGCUACAUAAAAAAAAGAUAUAUAAUUAA